UGUUUUUAAAAACGUAUCUCUCAAAAUGAGUUUUUGUGUGUUCUAAAAAAAAUUAGUAGCAGUUCCCUUUUCUUCUUUCAUUUGCUCAACACUUUUAAGACUUGUGACUUCCAUUUUGGACCAAAAAUCAUCCAUCUUACUAUUUUCGACUACCGCCAUGGUCUCUACGUCGCAAACGGAGCUGCGCUUCGAUAUUAAGCUGCUGUCCGGCAAGACAGUGGUCAUGGUGGAAUGUCCGGGCUACGAGGCCGAGCUGUUCAUGCCACAGAUCGUCAAGGGACGCAUCACCUUCCAGAACAUCAUUCCAAAUCGUCGGUGCUGCCCCGAGAGCAGCAUGCUGCAGAAGGAAGACGACAGGGUGGCAAGGGGAGGGAGGAGUACGCCCUUUCGCCUCUCUCAAGCAGUUAAUAUAUCGACUCCGCUGGCCAAGAGCACGCCGUCCAGUGGCUCCUCUUCGCAUUCCCGUGUUGGCAAGGAAAACAUUCCGCCGCAUCUGACCCCCGAGCUAGGGCGCUGUCGUCCCAUCCGAAUGCCGUCUCUAAAUGAGAGUGGUAUGGAUUUAGACAUGGUUUGUGCUUCAUCUCCCGAGCCUCAAUCCGUCAAUCGUAACGUGGAAGCCAGGCUUUCUCCGCCAACUGCUACCAGCUAUAACCUAGCCACUGUGCAAACAAGAGAGCCUGUGCUCUCUAGGACUCCGCCGGUACGGACCUACUCCCGCAAAAAGGCUGCCACGCCAAGUAAAGUUAAGCCUACGGUCUGGUCGCCUCUGCAAAGGAAGAGAAAGGCAACUACGGUUUCUUCCACCAAGGGGCUUAGUCCAACAGUUAAAGUGGUUAUACGCAGUCGCAGACUGAUAGUGGAUAACAAGAAGACGCUGGAAGCCCGUGAUCUCAAGAAGAUUACACCUAUCUCUAAGGAGAUGAUCACACGCAAACAGGUGACAGGCAAGACGCGGAACCAAUUUAAUGCUUUAAAGGUCACGGCCUUCGACCUGCUUACACAGCCCUCUCUCGGGCUCAUGGGACACGAUCUGAAUAAACAAUUUGAGCAAGCCUGCAUGAACAAGAAGGCCACCACGCUGCCUAACUACGCGGAGAUAGCGGUCACAGAGCCACUCAAAAUAGACAACCAGGUAAAGGCUCUGUUAGCCAAGAAAAAGCGGAUGGAACGAGUCGACCAACAGAAACCAAAAUACACAAUAAAUCCGAAGGGCAAGAGCAAGGUGUGGAGUUUCUAGAAACCGGGAAAUUUUGAUCGUAUUCAAACAGAGUAGUCCAAAUGUAUUGUAGCCAUAGUGAUUCAAAUCAGAUACGUAUUGUUAUUAAAUGUAAGCUAAUGUCAGCUGUA